AUGCCUAACGUUCAAUUUUUGUCACCUCAACGACUACAACGUAGAACUAAUGCAGAGACAUGUACGGAAAAUCUUUCCUCACUUCUAAACGAUUCAGAUGCGAUGUCAUCAAAUCAGAUUUACAAAGAUUCUAAAAUACAAUCUUCAGUUAUCCCAACACCAAUAGUUCCUUCUUCAAAAAGAUCAAAAGAACAAAAUGAUAUGAUUCAACGUGCCACGGAAUCACAAUUUAUGGUACAACACGUACCGGAACAAAGUCGAUCUUCGCUGUUUCCCCAUCAACAAUCCACUUCAUCUUCAUCAAACGAAAUGGAACAAGUUGUUCCAAUUCAUCCAAAAGUAAAAGGUUCUCGAAUGGAUUUCGAUCAUAUAGUUAACGAAUCCAACGAAUCCAACGCAAACAUGAAUACGGAUACCGAUAACCCUCCAUUGAAUUAUUAUGAGAAUCAAAUACGACAAAUAUCAUUAGAACGUCAGAGUCAAAUUGAUUUAGUCCCAACACAGUAUGAUUAUGAUGAUAUAAAGUACAUCGCAGAUCAAUCGAUGUUUAAUAGUGACAUGUCCGUUCCUUCGUAUUUUAGCAACAUGUAUGAUUUUGCUCAUCAGGAUGAUGUGAUAAACGUUGGGAUUGAUGCCGAAGAAUUCUUUACCUUUACGUAA